AUGGCGAUACCGCAGAAACCAGCGGAAGCUUUCUCUUCGUCCCCUGCCUUUGCAACACCCGUCCAUCCCCUCAACAACAAUCCUGGUCAACGACCUCCCCCGCCGCCAGCAUUUAAGCCUCAGAUAGCGACUAUAUUGCCGACUCUCCUGCCCCCGCCUACAUUACGGCCUUUGGCGUUUAGAACAUUCACGAAGAAGCACAAUCUCACCCUCAAUUCAUCAGCGCUCCAGGCUCUAGCGACAUUCAUAGGCAGGCACUGUGGCUCAGGAUGGCGGGAAGAGGGCACUGGGGAGAAGGUAUUGGAGGAAGUCGCGAAGAUCUGGAAGGCAGAAAAUGGACCUGUCAUCGUCGAGGACGGCGAUAGAUUGAAGACAAUCUUGAGAACCUUGGAAGGAUGCAUGAGUGUAGGAAGGAUAGGGACGCUCAAAAGUGGUAGCAGUCUCAGUAGGCAGACGAGUUUUGCUUUUAGCAACGACUCUGCUGUGGAUCAGGGAGACUCGAGAAGACCCAGUCUGGAGAGGCAAAGCAGCAGCUUCGGGCUCUCAGGAUUGAAGGUGAACUCACCUGGACCCGAGGAACAGGAAGAAGGAAGCAAGGAUCCGCGGAGCUGGUUGAAAGUCGUCAGUGCAUUCGACCAACCUCGAUUUACGUACGAUGUCGACAAGAAGCACUUCUUGACACUGUCCUCGAGGCCGAGCAUGUUCCCUAAUCCUUCGCACAAAACAGCAGUCUUCAAAGAACGAUACAACAUCAUACUUCAGAGAUUGUUGCGUAACCCGGCAUUCCAAGCGCCAUCGCUCUCAAGCAUACAGCCAACGAUCUCAAGAAGGAACAAAAUUUCCGCUGCAGAGCGCAAUUUGUACAAAAUCACCCCGAUUGCGAACUUAUUAGGUCGAGGCGGCAGUUCGCACCUGCUGCUAGGAAUGCUGGUGAUUGCGCCCACGGGCACACUUGCGCUAACCGAUUUGAGCGGGAGUAUUUCCCUGGACCUUCAUCAUGCGACAUCGAUGCAGGAAGACGAGCCAUAUUUCUGCCCCGGCAUGAUAGUGCUGGUUGACGGCGUGUACGAGGAAGACUGGGCUGGAGCUGGAUCAAGUGGUCUUGGAAACACUGGAGGCGUUGGCGGGACCAUUGGCGGUCGCUUUGUUGGAUUUGAAAUCGGCGGACCUCCAGUUGAAAAGAGAGACGUGUCGCUCGGUAUCAAUUUGAAAGCCGAAGACUUGGGAGGUGGUUUCGGCUGGACCGACUUCCUAGGCCAAGGCUCCGAGCGUGCUGUGGGGAGUCGAAUGAGGAGGCUGGAGCAGCGACUUGUUGGAUUAGAGGCCGAAUUGGAGGGCGGGCGGGCCAGGAAGAUGGUGUUUGUUUCAGAUGUGACUCUGGACCGACCGACGACGCUGUCCGCAUUACGAAAGGUGUUGGAGCAAUACUCCGGAGCAGAAACUCCACCAAUGACAUUUGUACUCACUGGGGACUUUGCUAGUACAGCAGCGAUGGCAGGCGCAGGAACUGGCUCGAUCGAGUACAAGGAGCUAUUCAAUGAACUUGCGGCAGUCAUGUCUGAUUUCCCUUCCCUGUUGCGCUCCUCAACCUGGAUAUUCGUUCCCGGAGACAAUGACCCCUGGGAAUCCUCUUUCAGCGCUGGAGCAAGCACACUAAUACCAAGACAAGGCGUGCCAGAGCUUUUUACAAAUAGAGUGAAGCGCGCAUUUGCGACGGCAAAGUCAGAGGCCGGGUUUGCCAAAAAGGACCAUGUCGAUGGCGAAGCAAUUUGGACGAGCAACCCGACAAAAUUGAGUUUGUUCGGGCCUGCACACGAAGUCGUUAUUUUUAAAGACGACAUCUCCGGUCGGUUCAGAAGAAACGCCGUACGCAUAGGUCAGGCUGCAAAGCAAACGCAGCAGCCACCCACAGAAGCUGCAGAGUCACAAUCUGGAGAGGACAUUGUUAUGUCAGGCGCAUUGCCUUCGACCGAGGAUGUCAUAGACGGAGACUCACAAAUGACGGAACAAGCAGCGGUCGACUCGCCUAUGGCUAAUGACACUCCAGGCGAACCUUUCGUUGUCAAGGAAGCAAAGCGACUGAUCCUGUCUCUACUCCCCCAAUCUACGGUGUCGCCGUUCCCAUUGACAGUGCGUCCUGUCCAUUGGGACUACGCUGCUUCUGCUCUGGGGCUGUACCCGUUACCUCACACUCUCGUGCUCGCGGAUAAGGAGGCGAGUCCAUUCGCUCUAACAUUUGAGGGUUGUCACGUUAUCAAUCCUGGACGAUUAGUAGAAGGUGGUGGCAGGCGGAAGAAAGUACAGUGGGUUGAGUAUGACUGUUGGACGAAGAGAGGGACAAUUAAAGAGGACUGGCUUGGUUGA